UUUUCUCAUAAAAAUCACACCCCCGAAAAACAAAAUAUGAUUUGUUAUGCCUUUGUAGUAUCUCCAUGGGAUGUUUAUUGUCAGGUUUGGCUACAUACCAGACUGCUUUAUAGCGGAGCCAGCGCGGCCAUAGGCCGCGCGCGGAGCCCCAUAGGUAUAGAAAUAGUCUAUAACUAGGCGACUCAGUUUUUGUGGUCAAUAACGUCAUUAACACAAGCUGCCAUCCAUCCAUCCAUCCAUCCAGCCGCGAUCUGCCUCGGCACAGGCCUCCAGAGCGCGCAAAACAACAUGGCGGAUGAGUAUUUCUGCCCCUCUCAAAAACACACGAAAACUGACUGCAGAAAAGCCAAGAAUUGUCGAAAAAGAAGUGCUUGAAAAAAAAAAUUCGUGUGAAUGCUAAGCACGGAUAUGAACUUGUCUAAUUAUGUGCAAAAGACUGUGUAAAAGCAUGCUUGAAAGUUUUGAAGAGUCAAGUCUUGUGCUCGAGUCAAGGUCAGCUGAAAUGUCAGAGUAAGCCACAAGAUAAAGAAAGAAAAAAAAAAACAAAUUAAUUAACACCUUCUCCGACAAGUGCUCCUAUGUAUUUGUCCUUGCACUGGCAGACGUAGGUUAAUCUCAGCCGGAGAUUCUGAAAUCAAGCUGAGACACAAGCUGCUGGCUGAAAGGCAUGACCCAGGGCAAAAUAUAAGGACCCGUUCAGAACGCAAUGCAAGAAAUCCGACAGUCCAGAAAAUCCGGUAAAACGAGACAUACCAGCCCCCAAAUGCCCAGAGAUAAAACCUGCAAAACCUGUUUUACCAGCAAAAUGCAUGUCACGACUGCAACCGCUUGACAUGGACUCUGGAGUUAUCGCGGGAAAACCAUCAACGAGAAAGCUGUUCCUCACCAUCGGGAUUCCGUCGUGGCAAGGCCGAACAGACGAACUUCGACGAACACUGAAGUCGCUCUUUAGUCACGUGACACCCGAAGACACGAAAAACCUGCUAGUUGUAGUAUCAGUCGAAACAACCAACAAACAGAAAAUUAUCGAGCUUUUGACUAACGAAUUUAAUUCUCAACUCGAAAAUGGAUUACUUCAGGUGGUUUCACCGACAUCCGAAUAUCUUAAAGUCUUGGCAAAACCCAAAUCCCUUGGCCUUAAAAACUUUGGAACCGGUAUAACUCCCGAAUUUCUAACCGACGUGCGUGCGUUUAAUACACAUUUUAUAUUUUUACUUGAAUAUUGUCACAGACAAUCGGAGUUUGUUAUGAAUCUUUCAGAUGAGGUUGUAACUUUGAAAAGAUUUUUGCCAACAAUUUGGGAGGAAUCGGAAACUUUGAUUCAGGAUCGGACGAAACAUGCCAUCACCUUCGGCCAACAGCCUAAGUUUAUUAGCACAGGAAGAUUAUUUUUGUCUACUCCAACUGUCAAAGAGAUGUCAGAAUUUGCCUCAAUAUUUGGACCAAAUAUGUUACCGUAUGAUGUUAUAGAAGGCUAUCGCAGUCUAAGAAUCUCCAGAGGAGAAAUAGUUCAAAGCAAAACCGCGCUAUUUGCCGAUCGUCCUAAAAUACAGAGUGAUCGACCACCGGCUGAACUAUCGACCUCCCUCGGUUCGGCAACACCUAAAAAUGGAGUUGAAAUGAUGUAUACAAAUGAUCCUGGGUUUUUCUGGUCUGUUAAACCAAAGAGCAAAGAUUACAUCAAAGUUACCCUAAAGAAAAGUGUUAGAUUAAAAAGGGUACGGCUUGCAACGGGAACGCCGUAUUUUGGCGACUACGCUCAUGAGUUAUCGGUCAAGUUAUGUCCAGAGGCGAAACGAGAUUCUACCUGUGAUGAAAAGGGGUGUAAAGAAAUAAUGAAGCUUGGCGAUCCUGUUGUAGACAUCAGUGGACUUGAAAAGACACUGGGAUUUCCGGUGAAGUGUGUUAAGCUCGACUUUGAGAAUGAUGUGGAUCACUGGGUCAUCUUCAGGGAUAUGGGCAUUUGGGUAGCAAGCAAUACAACUUCCACUUGACGCUGCUCAUUGAGUA